GUCAGGUGCAGCCGCGGCCCGGAAAGUUUCCUCGUAGGCCCGAAUCGGGGGUUGCCUGCUCUCCGGGGAGCCCCGGUCCUAGCGCCGGGGACCCCCCGAGGCCGUGCGGGAGAGCGCUCGGCGGGCUCGGAACUCUCCGCCGGUUCCCGUCCAUUCCAGAUGAGAAAAUUGACCAGAUUUGAGCCCCAUCCCUGGUCCUUCCAGAGGCAAUGAGUGAUUUCUCUGCUGCAUAAACUGCCCUUAACAUUUCUCAUAAGUCAGACAAUCUGCUUCCUUUUGAUUGAGAGCAUUCCAAACUCUGGUCCCCCUGGGCUCUCUUCACAUUGCUGUGGUGCAGAAGAUUUAAAAUCAGCUGAUGUUCACAAGGAAUAGAGUCACGUGAUGUAUGAAGGGAAACAUAUACACUUCUCUGAGGUUGACAAUAAGCCCUUGUGCUCAUAUAGCCCCAAACUGUGCAAGCAGCGGCGACUCAACGGUUACGCUUUCUGUAUCAGACACGUUCUGGAAGACAAGACUGCCCCCUUCAAGCAAUGUGAAUAUGUGGCCAAGUAUAACAGCCAGCGCUGUACCAACCCCAUUCCCAAAUCAGAGGAUCGUAGGUACUGCAACAGCCACUUGCAGGUACUUGGCUUUAUCCCGAAAAAAGAGAGGAAGAAAAAGAAUGAUCCGGUAGAUGAGGUGAAGGUCAGGCACCAGAUGGAUGCCAUGGCGUUUAGCCUGACAGUGCCUACGCUGGCCUUGAAGAUGCCCAAUGGACUGGAUAGCAUGUCCCUCUCUCCACCUGGGUCACGAGUCCCUCUCCACUACCUGGAAACUGAGUUCGAAGACCCCUUUGCUUUCAAUGAGGAAGAUGAUGACCUAAAGAAAGGGGUGACCGUGAGAAAGAAGUUGCAGAGCAAGUUGGCUCAGAACCGGCAGCGCCAGAGAGAGACAGAGAUUUUGAAAGUUCGGCAAGAGCACUUUAGCACCCCUCCUGCGCCUCCACAGCAGCACGCCCACUUGUCACCUCUCUCCACUUCUGUAAAGCCUCCAGCGCCACCGCAGGGUUCAGUCUGCAAGUCACCUCAACCUCAGAACACCAGCCUACCAAUGCAGGGAGUGGCCCCCACCACACACUCUAUAGCACAAACAAGGCAGGCCUCUAACAAGAGGCCUUUGCCCCUCCUUCCAUCCAGUCGGGCUCCCAUCUCAGAUGCCCCCAGGACUGACCGAAUCCUCAUGAAAGCCACCGCCUUCUCUCCACACUUGUCCUGUAUAAGCCGACUGCAGAGACUGGUGAAACUGUGUACCCAAAAGCAUCAGCUGGACGCAGACCUGUUCCCUCACCUAGGGCUGGACUGGUCUGAAGAGAGCGGAGAAGAGCCGGAAGACUCAGAUCAGGCCUCGCCGUACCAGGUCGCAUGGUCUGUCCGAGAAACGCUCAGAUAUGAAAGACACACGUCGGAUGCCGAUGACGUGGAGAGCAGGAGCUCCAGGGUGACCCAACUUUGCACUUAUUUUCAGCAGAAAUACAAGCACCUCUGCCGCCUGGAGCGGGCAGAGUCUCGACAAAAGAAAUGCCGGCACACUUUCAGAAAAGCGCUGCUGCAGGCAGCCAGCAGGGAGCCCGAGUGCACCGGCCAGUUGAUCCAAGAACUGCGGAGAGCUGCGUGCGGUCGAGCCAGCUGCAGCCAGACGGAGCUGAAGGAGGUGGAGCCAGCAGCGUGCAGCGGAACACUGAAGGGUGAACAGUGCCCUAACAAGGCCCUUCCCUUCACCAGACAUUGUCUCCAGCACAUCCUCUUGAACCGCUCUCAGCAGCUCUUCUCCAGCUGCACUGCCAGGUUUGCAGACGGACAGCAGUGCUCUGUGCCAGUGUUCGACGUCACACACCAGACGCCCCUGUGCGAAGAACAUGCCAAAAAAAUGGAUAACUUCUUGAGAGGAGAUAACUCCCGGAAAGUUCAGCACCAGCAACCGAGGAAACCUAGGAAAAAAACGAAGCCCCCUGCACUAACCAAAAAACACAAGAAGAAGAGAAGGCGUGGACCUCGUCGACCCCAGAAACCAAUUCCCCCUGCAGUGCCCCAAGGGAACCUCAGCAUGCCCACCAGCGUCUCACUGCCAGUGGAAGCCUCGCAGAUGCAGAUCCGUAGCCCGUCCACGCCAGAGCUGAGUGCCGAGGAGUUGCCGGAUGACAUUGCCAACGAGAUGAGCGACAUUCCGCAUGACUUAGAACUGAGCCAUGAAGACUUUGCGGAUGUCCUGCCACGGUUGCCUGAUGACUUACAAGAUUUUGAUUUUUUUGAAGGAAAGAAUGGAGACCUCCUCCCGACCACCGAAGAAGCUGAGGAACUUGAGCGGGCCUUGCAAGCUGUAACUUCUCUCGAGUGCCUGAGUACAAUUGGGGUACUUACCCAGUCAGACGGUGUGCCAGUUCAGGGGUUGUCAGAUAGAGGAAUGGGGGUGUUCUCCGCGGGUACUGAUGCUUCAGGAAUCCAGUCCUUGAGUCGAGAAGUGAACCCGGACCUAGGGGAGCUGCUGAAUGGACGCAUAGUGCACGAUAGCUUUUCUAGUCUGGAGCUGGACGAGAACCUCCUCCGUUCUGCUAGCCUGUCUAACCCACCCACGCCCCUGGCAGGGCAGAUCCAGGGGCAGUUCUCUGCCCCAGCCAGCGUUGGCCUUACUUCUGCCACUCUGCUCAGCCAGAGUGCACUCGGGGAGAGAGCCUUCCCAGGACAGUUUCAUGGACUUCACGAUGGCAGCCAUGCCUCCCAGAGGCCACACCCUGCCCAGCUGCUGAGCAAGGCAGAUGACCUAAUCACCUCACGACAGCAAUACAGCAGUGAUCACUCACACUCCUCACCCCAUGGAAGCCAUUACGAUAGCGAGCACGUGCCGUCGCCCUACAGUGACCGCAUCACCUCCCCCCACACGGCCUACUCUGGCGAUCAUAUGGCAGCUACCUUCUCGGCAGAGAUGCCCGCCAUGGCGCAGCACUUGCUCCCCGCCCACCUUGAGGUGCCACUGGGAGGAGUGGCCAACCCCAGGACUCACUGGGGGAAUCUCCCCGUCAACCUUGGCGAUCCCUCUGCAUUUAGCAACCUCCUUGGCGCGGAUGGACACCUUCUCUCCACCUCCCUCUCCACGCCACCCACCACGUCCAACUCAGAGACCACACAGCCUGCCUUCGCCACCGUUACCCCGAGCAGUUCCAGUGUGCUUCCGGGGUUACCACAGACCAGCUUUAGUGGCAUGGGGCCUUCCGCUGAACUAAUGGCCUCCUCCUCUCCCAAGCAGCAGCUCCCGCAGUUCAGUGCAGCCUUCGGCCACCAGCUGAGUGCUCACAGUGGCAUUCCCAAGGACCUGCAGCCCAGCCACAGCUCCAUAGCGCCCCCCACAGGCUUCACAGUAACAGGUGCCACGGCUACAAGUACCAAUAAUGCAUCUCCCCCUUUCCCCACCCCCAACUGAGCGAGCGCGUCUGUGCUUUCCGGCAGGUGGGACCUGGUGUUUUCUAUCUUUGUUUCCUCUUUUGCACCCUCUCCUCUUUUCCUACAGAAGAUUUAGAAACAAGAGUGGGGAUUAGCAGGACCCCCUUCCCAAUCAGCAAGUGGCCGUGCGCGCACGGCGACCUGUGUCAGUGUUCACGUGUGCUCCUUAGCACUGGUGCUCCUCCCUCCUGGCGGGUCCUCGGCCUGGUGGUUCCUCUGGUGGCGCAGCACAGUGACCGGAUAGGAUUGAAGUGGAAGAUACCUCAGAUUACCAGUGCCCUUUCCUAUUUCCUAGUGUUGAGAUCAGUGCUUUCCCUUCUCUAGCCAGGUUUUUACAUAGGCUGUGGUAGAUGGAGUGGUCUUUUGAGAUCCUGUGUAGCAGGCGGUGUGUGGAGGCAAAUCAAAACGCUGACUUAGCCCCGACUGCCAAACGCCACAGUGAGGCCUGGGUGCCAUUCCUAAUUGUGAUAUGGUUAACCGAAAAGAACAUUGUCUCUUGACUGCCUGUGAAUGCGUGUUCACCCCGUAUGUGUUUCGUGCAGUGCAGGAAGUAGCUGUCAUGGUUGCUUUUUUUUU